AUGUCCCCUCUCAGAGGUUAUAUUACCUCUUACCCUCCGCGCGUGCGCCAGUAUGGAAACGCGUUGCUCACACCCGUCAACCCUCCGUCGCAGACCGGCCCGACGCCGCGCACCACGAAGCGUGGGACUACAGCUAUCAAUUACGCGGAGGAUGGAUUCGACGAUGAAGACUUUGAUGAAAGCGAUGGUCCACGGCGACCAACGGGUCUGAGAAGCCUUCGGCGCGAAGAAUCAACUGCCGACAAGUUGAUUCCGUACUCAGAGAAGUUGGGCAAAGAAGUCCAUGAGCCAGUAGAAGUACAGGGUCUCUUCCGAGAAUGGAUGAUCAAGCGGAUGCUGCGACCAGCAUGUGCCGAUCAACUUCAGAUCCAAGCGCAGCUCCCUCUCACCCUUGUUCCUAUUCGAAUCGACGUGGAAGUCCCCGCGCAUCAACCCCUCGAGCCCUUCCCCUUCCCGCGCACCAUCGUGGAUCCUAGCAUCAAUCCGACUCUUCCUGCAUAUCGCAGACCCGACCCAUUACCCCCAUUCAGAAUCAAGGACACCUUUCUUUGGAACCUUCACGAAUCUCUUUCUACGCCUGAGGAGUUUGCAAUCGGAUUCGUUCGCGAUCUCGAUCUUCCCAACCCGCAAGCCACGACUAUGACUAUCAGCAACCAGAUUCGGCAGCAGCUGGAGGAAUACGCUGGAGUCGCACUUCACCCGCUCUUCCAGAGCUCAGAUCCAGGCUUACUGCCAAACCCCCCCCCUCAAACCGAACCAUCCCGAGACACCUCCAUGACGCCCGCGGCUGUUAAUGCUGGGACACCCAAUAUUGCAACCCCCAAUAUUGGGACACCGAACCUUGCAACUCCCAAUCCUGCAACCCCCGAUACCUCAGCUCCAGCCAAUGCAACUACCGUGACUGUCACCAAGGUUGCGUUCGUCAAUGACAGUCUUUUGAACCCAGAUGAUGCCUACCGAUGCUUGAUCAAUCUCAACAUCAACUUGCAGAAUAAGCUGUACACGGACAAGUUUGAGUGGUCUCUACUACAUCCACCUGGUAUGGCCGAGGAAUUUGCGCGCGUCACUUGCGCCGACCUCAGCUUGGGUGGUGAAUGGGUCAGCGCAAUCGCGCACGGCAUUUACGAAGCCGUCUUGAAGUUCAAGAAGGAAGUCUGCGAAGGCGGUACUCUUGUUACUGGAUUGAACGGCUACGGGAACGAAAUCGAUAACUUGGCGGCAAAUGGUGUUGAGGCAGGCUGGAGAUACGAGCCAGAGACUCUCUGUGACGAAUGGGACCCCAAGGUCGAAACUUUGUCCAAAGAAGAAAUUGAACGACGAGAAGGUGAUCGCGAGCGCCAGAUCAGACGUCUCCGCCGAGAAACUGCCAGAUUUUCCUCAACUACAGGUAUCACGCCUGAUGCAUCCAGGCAAAAUGGUAAUUACUUUGAAGUCGACAGCGGCGAGACUCCUCUUGGUCGUGGUGAGCGGAAUAAGCGGAAGCGCCGAUUCCGCAGCUUGAGCCCUUCAGGCAGAAGUGGCACACCUGGUGGUCGUGGGACUCCAGACACCGGAUCAGGAGCUGGAUAUGGUGGCGGAGGUGGAACGCUUUCUGACUGGGAGCGACAGAGCUGGCGAUGCAACAACUGCAUGGUGUGGGGUACUGCAGUAUGGGCUGUACGAGAUGGCCCAGACGGUCCUCGGACACUCUGCCACAACUGUGGCCUGCUGUACGAGCGCGACAAGAUUGCACCGGAGUGGUCGAAGGAUCUUCAUCGCCACGACAUCCCCGUCGGUCGAUUUGGCUGA